AUGCCUCACUCGCCGGGUCCGUCUGCUUCCGUCUCAGAGGCCCCCUCUGCCACUGAGAGCCAGGCUCCUGCUACUCCCGGCACCCGCAAGCCGCCCUACUUCUUCCGUGAGGAGUACACCAACCUCAUCGUCAAGGGCAACUUCAUGACGCUCGCCGCCAGGCCCAAGAUGGUCGAGGAAGGCGAGUGGCUUGCCCACCAAGUCGUCGAGCAAUACCGUCUCUUGGAUGGCAUGAUCCAGAUCAUCAAGAUUCUUGAUGAGCGCACUGGCCGUCCCAUUUGCAACCCGGACACGUGCCCUACUAUGUCCGCGGCCGGGCACACUUACACUUGGUUGGACAACAACAAGAAGCCAAUCAAGAUUCCGGCUUUCUCUUACAUCCAACUUGUCCAGAAGUGGAUUGUAGGCAAGAUUAAUGAUCAGAAUCUUUUCCCGACUGACACGACCAUCCCCAACCAACCUUCUGGCAUCUCGUCACCAACUUACGCUUCCGGGGGCCUGAACACGCCUGGUGCGAACUCACCUAUUGCUGCUGGGCCAACCUCGCUGAACGCACCGCUGAGCCAACUCGCCGGCCACGACUGGGUUGGUAAAUCUUCCGGAUUCCCGGAGAACUUCAAGGAAGAUAUCAAGAGCAUCUAUCGCCAGAUGAUGAGGUGUUAUGCUCACUUGUACCACGGCCACUGGCUUGAUCCCUUCUGGAACCUGAACGCUUACAAGGAGCUUAACACAUGCUUCAUCCACUUCAUCAACGUCGGCAAGCAGUUCGACCUCCUCGGCGACAAGGACAUGGAGCCCAUGAAGCCGCUGGUCGACCUCUGGUUCGAGAAGGGCCUGCUGCCCGCCAAGCAGAGCGACACGACGCAGCAGAGCACGCCGCAGAACGCGCCGGCCGCACAAGCCCAGGACACCAUGGCGCCUCCCUCCGCCGCUUAG